AGCGAGUUAACGAGUUACUCCUCCUAAGAGAAUCUGAGAUAGAUUUUUUCUACAAGCUUCCUUCUCGACUCCAUCGUCUUCAACGGUUCUCCUUUCUUCCCAAUCCAAUCUAAGGAUGCUAUAAUUCAACAUUGGAUCAACAGUAUUACUCUAAUUUUGACGCUUCUCAACUAAAGAGAAUGACGAUGAGCGUAGAAGUGUGAGUUGGAAUAUUUACUCCUUUUUUUGUGAUUUUAAAAUGUUGAGAUGAAUACAUUCAAAAGUGGUUCCUUACUAACAGGCUUGCGGGGCUUGCUUUCAUGUUUUCGACGAGCAUUCUGCUACAAAUCCUGGCUUGUGUAUUAUACAACAAUUGGUGGCCGAUGUUGUCAGCUCUUAUGUAUGUCAUGGUGCCUAUGCCUUGUAUGUUCUUUGGUGGUGGAUCCACCCAAAUCUUAAUGAGUAGAGAUGGUGAUGGAUGGAUUAAAGCAGCAAAGUUUCUAACAGGGGCUUCUGCGGUGGGAAGCAUUGCCAUCCCUAUCAUACUGAAACAUGCAGAUUUGAUAGGGACAGGGGCGAUGUUUAUCGAGUUCACCUCGUUUUUCAUAUUCGUCUGCACUGUCUUGUGUUUCCAUCACGCCAGUCUUGACGAUGGAUGGUGAAGAAGAAGAUGCCCAUUUCUAGUCUGUCUCCAAACUCUCCAUCUUCCAAUUGAUUCUGCAUCUGCUCUGUAACAUUCACCAACUAAUGGAUCCAUGGAGAUGCCAAAUGGAUAAUCUUCCUUGAUGUGUAUAGAAAUCUUAUUGACCUUGUAUUCUCCUUCUUCUGCUAGUAUAGCACCCGUGCGUUACGCAAUUUAACUUGGAUGCGGUUCUGUAGCCGCUUGCUUAUGGAGCCGCUGCCGCUGCCACUGCCAUAGUGGAGCACUAGACCGUUCGCAAAAUAGAUGUUUCCUCCCUCCAAAUGUGUGGCUAUUAUGCAAUUGGAAGGGAAUAAUAAUCAUCAAUUUUGCGAAUGAAGCACCAUAGGUGCU